UGGCGGGCUUGACACCGCAGAGGGUUCUGUCGCUGUGUCGGUGCUCAGUUGUUUUUCCAGACCAAAAUGGCUGCUGUUGUCGGGGAUGGGAAAUGAGACUGGGCUGUCAUCCGAUCACAGGCCGACGAGACGCACUCAAACCCGAGCUACUGGCGCUGAGACCCGACUCGACCGAACCCGGCUCCCUUAAACCGAAUCUGAUUCUCUUCUGACGUAGGGCGUAGUGACAGACUGCAGACAUGGACACCACCACAUCCAUCAAGAUGACCACUCUGGCCAUCCAGAACCUGUUCAGCUAUGUGGAGGAGGAGAACCUGGCUGCUCUCAAAGCUCACCUGGACCGCUUCAAGGAGGUGGACGGACGCAGCGACAAUGGUCAGACUCCUCUGAUGCUGGCAGCUGAGCAGGGCAGCCUGGAGAUUGUGCAGGAGCUCAUCAGGAGAGGAGCCAACGUCAACCUGGACGACGUGGACUGCUGGUCAGCUCUGAUCUCUGCAGCUAAAGAAGGCCAUGUAGAGGUGGUGAAGGAGCUGCUGGAGAACAGCGCCUACAUUGAGCACAGAGACAUGGGAGGAUGGACAGCUUUGACAUGGGGGUCUUAUAAAGGUCGAGUGGAGGUCGCCAAACUGCUGCUGGAGCAAGGAGCCAACCCCAACACUACAGGACAGCAGUACAGUGUGUAUCCCAUCAUCUGGGCCGCAGGUCGAGGACACGCCGACAUCGUGAAACUGCUGCUGCAGCAUGGGGCCAAGGUCAACUGUUCUGACAAGUAUGGGACCACUCCUCUGAUCUGGGCAGCCAGGAAAGGACACUUUGACUGUGUGAUGCACCUGUUGGAGAACGGAGCGGACGUUGACCAGGAGGGGGCGAACUCGAUGACAGCUCUGAUCGUGGCAGUGAGGGGCGGCUACACCGAGGUGGUCAAGGAGCUGCUGAAGAGGAACCCAAACGUCAACAUGACCGACAAAGAUGGAAACACUGCGUUGAUGAUCGCUGCCAAGGAGGGCUACACUGAGAUUGUCCAGGACCUGCUGGAUGCUGGGACCUACGUCAACAUCCCAGACCGGAGCGGCGAUACCGUGCUGAUCGGAGCGGUGAGGGGGGGUCAUGUGGAGAUCGUCAGAGCGCUGCUGCAUAAAUAUGCUGACAUCGACAUCAGAGGACAAGAGAACAAAACAGCUCUGUACUGGGCUGUGGAGAAAGGAAACGCCACCAUGGUGAGAGACAUCCUGCAGUGUAACCCCGAUACAGAGACCUGCACCAAGGACGGAGAGACGGCUCUGAUCAAGGCCACUAAGAUGAGGAACAUUGAGAUUGUGGAGCUGCUGCUGGAUAAAGGAGCCAAAGUGUCUGCUGUCGACAAGAAAGGAGACACACCCCUCCACAUCGCCAUCCGUGGCCGGAGCCGUCGCCUAGCCGAGCUCCUCCUCAGAAACCCCAAAGAUGGCCGUCUGCUGUACCGGCCCAACAAGGCCGGAGAGACGCCGUACAACAUCGACUGCAGCCACCAGAAGAGCAUCCUCACGCAGAUCUUUGGAGCUCGUCACCUGUCCCCCACAGAGUCCGAUGGAGACAUGUUGGGCUACGACCUGUACAGCUCUGCACUGGCCGACAUCCUGAGUGAGCCCACCAUGCAGCCUCCCAUAUGUGUGGGUCUGUACGCCCAGUGGGGCAGCGGCAAGUCCUUCCUGCUCAAGAAACUGGAGGAUGAGAUGAAGACGUUUGCUGGUCAGCAGAUUGAGCCAUUGUUCCAGUUCUCCUGGCUCGUUGUCUUUCUAUCUCUGCUGCUUUGUGGCUGCGUCGCCAUCGUCCUCAGCUUCACCGUCGACCCCAACCUGGCCAUGGCCGUCUCCCUCAGCCUGCUGGCCCUGCUCUACCUGUUCUUCGUGGUGGUGUAUUUCGGUGGGCGUCGGGAGGGCGAGAGCUGGAACUGGGCCUGGCUGCUCAGCACGCGUCUGGCCCGUCACAUCCGGUACCUGGAGCUGCUGCUGAAGCUGAUGUUUGUCAACCCACCAGAGCUGCCGGAGCAGAGCACCAGGGCGCUGCCUGUCAGGUUUCUGUUCACAGACUACAACCGUCUGUCCAGCGUUGGAGGAGAGACGUCGAUGGCCGAGAUGAUCGCCACACUGUCUGACGCCUGUGAGAGAGAGUUCGGCUUCCUGGCGACUCGUCUGUUCAGAGUGUUUAAGACGGAGGAGACACAAGGGAAGAAGAAGUGGAAGAAGACGUGCUGUGUGCCGUCCUUCAUCAUCUUUGUCUUGGUGCUGGCCUGUCUGGUCACUGGCAUGGUGCUGCUGGCUGUCUUUAAGGUGGACGGGGAGAACCGGACAGUGAACGCUGUGCUGAUUGCCAUCGCCAGUGUGGUGGGGCUGGCUCUGCUGCUGAACUGCAGGACGUGGUGGCAUGUGACUGACUCAGUGCUGAACUCUCAGAGGAAGAGGCUGCACAGCGCCGCCAACAGGAUGCACAAGCUGAAGAGCGAGGGCUUUAUGAAGGUCCUGAAGCAUGAGGUGGAGCUGAUGGCGAGGAUGGCGAAGACCAUCGACAGCUUCACGCAGCAUCAGACGAGGCUGGCGGUCGUCAUCGACGGGCUGGACUCCUGCGAACAGGACAAAGUUCUGCAGAUGCUACACACAGUGCGGGUGUUGUUCUCCAAAGGCCCCUUCAUCUCCAUCUUUGCCAGUGACCCUCAUAUCAUCAUCAAAGCUAUCAACCAGAACCUGAACAGCGUCCUCAGGGACUCCAACAUCAACGGACAUGACUACAUGAGGAACAUCGUGCACCUGCCCGUCUUCCUCAACAGCAGAGGUCUCUCCAGCGCCAGGAAGAUGUGUGCUGCCGCGCCCGCUAACGGGGAUGCCACCAGUGCUGACGGUAACCACGAAGAUAACAAAAGGAAACUGUCUCAGCACAGUUUGGGAGAAUUAACCAAGUUUGGCAGCAAGACGACACUGAACCGCCGGGACACGUACCGGCGGCGUCAGGUACAGCGCUCGGUGACCCGGCAGAUGUCGUUCGACCUGACAAAGCUGAUGGUGACAGAGGAUUGGUUCAGUGACAUCAGCCCACAGACCAUGAGGCGGCUGCUCAACAUCGUCUCUGUCACAGGUCGUCUGCUGCGAGCCAACCAGAUCAGCUUUAACUGGGACCGCCUGGCGUCGUGGAUCAACCUGACGGAGCAGUGGCCCUACAGGACGUCCUGGCUCAUCCUGUACUUGGAGGAGACCGACGCAGUCCCCGACCAGGCCACACUCAAGACCAUCUAUGAGAGAGUGUCGAAGAACAUCCCCACCACCAAAGACGUGGAGCCGCUGCUGGAGAUCGAUGGAGACGUUCGCAGUUUCGAGGUCUUUCUGUCGUCACGAACGCCAAUCCUAACUGCCAGAGACAUCCGGACCUUCCUGCCCUGCACCGUCAACCUGGACCCCAAACUCAGAGAGAUCAUAGCAGAUGUGCGUGCAGCCCGGGAACAGAUGAAGAUGGGUGGGGUCACGUACCCAUCGCUGCCCCUGCAGGAGGCCCAGCCCCGCCCCACCUCGGUGUACAGCCAGGUUUCGUCGGCGUGCUCGCCUUCUGCCUCCUUCAGCGGCCCCUUCAACCCUGCAGCGGGGGGUGUCGUCUCCCCCCAGCCUCACAGCAGCUACUACAGCGGCAUAGCCGGACCCCAGCACCCCUUCUACAACAGGCCAUAUUUCCCCCAUCACCUUUACCAGCUGCCACGCCCACUCGUGGCCGCCUCCUACCCAUCACACCUUCACCCAUGCCUGCCAUCUAAAACCUCCUCCAUCAGGGACGCCACCGCUGCGCCUUAUAAAGUUUCAUCUUUGAAAAGGAAGCAGGGUUCCGCCUCCGUCGUGUCAGGAGCUCCGGCCAUGCUCCUCAGCUCCAUGACAACAGAGGCAGUUUGUGAGCGGGUGCGGCAGAUUGAAGGCAUCGACCAGAGCAUGAUGGGACAGUACAACGCCACCAUCAGGAAGGCAAACGUUAACGGCAGAGUUUUGUCUCAGUGCAACAUCGACGAGUUGAAGAAGGAGAUGAACAUGAACUUUGGAGACUGGCAGCUCUUCAGAGCCACGGUUGGUCCUCAAGCUAAGAACAAACACACUAUAACAUGUGCAUAUUGAUGCUGUGACAGCUGAGGCACGCAGUCAUCCAGUGUUGAAGACAGUUCAGGUAAAAAAAAACAAAAAAACAACUGUACAAACACAGACAUACAGAACUGAGAUGUUCUUAUUUUAGUGAUGUACAGCUUCAACCUGAGCUUCGAGGAGCUGAGCACGGUGGGACUGGACGAUCCAGCCCGUCACGGGAACAUGCAGUGGAUGGGUGGUGCUCACCGAACUGCCAGCAUGAGCAGUCUGAACUCCCAGGAGUCCUCCAAUGACAUCUCCAAGCUGACGGACAAACAGCAGGCCGAGUACCGCAACGCCUACCAGGAGUACAUCGCCCAGAUGGCUCAGCUGGAGAUGGGCGGCGGCGGGGGGGAGAGGCCUGUCCGGCCAGUUCAUUCAUCAUCUGAGGACAAAAACAAGGAUGGCGUCGAGCAAGAUGGAACCAAAUCCUUCACCAAGAGGUGCAGCAGCAAGCCGGCCGCAGACACCACAGACUUCACCCCCAAUGGCGACGCCCUGGACCCCAUCACAGAGGAGGAUGAGAAGGGUGACCACGGGUCCUCCAAGUCCCUGCUGACCCGCAAAAGCUCAACUGAAAGAGGUGGGCUGUUUCAGGGCGCUGCUGACCUGAAACUCAAGACUGGCGGAGGCCUGCGAUACCAGAAGCUGACCAGCGAUGACGAAGAGUCAGAGGAGUCCGAUAACGCCCCCCUGCUGAAAGAUGGCAAGAAGAUGGUCGACCCCAAACUGCCUGGCAGCUCGCUAGCACUGAAGGGGAAGGACUACCUGUCAGACGCCAUGCUCGACAAGAAGGACUCGUCUGACUCAGGCGUGCGCUCCAACGAGAGCUCUCCCAACCACUCGCUGCAGGAUGAGGAGGCAGACCUGUCGCAGCUGGAGAGGUCCAACCUGAUCGAGUUGGAUGAGGAGAACCUGGCCAGGAAGCGAGGCCUCCCCAGCAGCCUCAGCGGCCUCCAGGAUCCGGCUGUCGCCCGAAUGUCCAUCUGUUCCGAGGACCAGUGCAGCCUGCUGGCGAGCAGCCCCGAGGAGAGCUGGCCCUCGUCCAAGACCUACAACCUGAACCGCACGCCGAGCAAUGUGACACUCAACAACAACACCAACAACCACCAGGGCAACCGCCCCCGCCUGCCUGCAGAGGGCUCCACCCCCUCCACCAACCCCACCACCAGUGAUGUCAUCAUCCCCCCGAGCUCCGGGACCACCACCAGGCCAGGGCCCAAUAACGAGAAUAUCCGAGUGGUUCACCUGAAGAGGGGCCUGAAACCAGGAGACCCGCCAGAGAUCUGCACCGUGUCCUCCGACACCGUCACCUUUGGCGAAGAGCGUGAGAGCAUCCUGUGACCUCGUGGUGACCCAUGAAGUUUAGGAGAGCACUGAGGGUCCACCAGGAGCCGCCUUUCAACCUCCAGAACCAAUCAGGAGGUUCUGAUAAGAAACUUGUGACAAGCCGUUAAAACGUGUUAAGAGUCGAGAAAAUCUAAAAAUGAAAAACGAAAAGACUGAAACAUCUGAUGAACUGAGAAAACCUGGAGUAAAAAAAACAACGUUCAACAAGCAACAAGUCGAUAAAAAUG